AUGAGAACAGGAAUUCUUCUUUCCAUAGCUGCUGUCGCUGCUCAAUCGGCUUAUCGGCCUUUGAAUAAGACUACAGAUGUUUUCAACCAAACACAAGGUGUUUCUCUUGGCUCUCCACCUCUAUCAGUGGUGACCCAAUUCAGUUUCGAAGACGCGGAUUUGAUGAUUCCCUAUUUCAUGAAUACCACAGAUGGAGACUUUGUUUUCAGACCAGACAUGCCUCCCAAUGCAUCCUGGGUAUAUGAGGGUGUAUACACAUCUUACACAGACGACCCACUUUUUGGAGAAGAUCGUGUUUUCAUGAAUGGAUUUGAACUCCAAAACUUCACCUUUCAAACUUUGGACGAAUAUGCCCCGCCUCUAGUGAAAGUCGGUUUGGGUCUCACUCACCAGCCGAAUUUCAUUGACAUCUCCUUGAUUCAGUCUUUGAAAGAUUCGGGCUACAUCAAAUCCAGAUCUUUUUCUCUCUUUCACAACACCAGUGCAUCAGAGUACGAGGCUGACCAAGUCUUAUUUGGUGCAUUGGACCACGGAAAAUAUGAUGGGCCAAUGACCAAAGUCAAGGGCUAUUCUAAUACCACAGAUGGGUUCGUCAAUACUGUUCCAAGUAUCCUAGUGGAUGGCAUUGCAGGUUACAACUUUCUGCUUACAUCGCAGUCUAUUGCAAUCAUUUCAGAUAACAAAUGGAGUUUUCCACUAGACUACUAUGAAAGCUUGAGCGACUAUUUCAUGGCUCGAUACAAUUAUGAUACCAAUGACGCUGUCCCUUGCUCCAUUUUGAAUCUGACCGAGUACAUUUCCUUCUACUUCAGUGGUGCCGAAUACCGUAUAUUGGAGGGUAGGUUUUUUCGUAACGUGGAGGAAAAUAACACUACAUUUUGUGCGUUUGCAGUAGGCUCCGAAGUGGACAAUCUGUUUCGGCUCCAUAGAGAGCUCUUUAAAAACCAUUACCUUGUUGUGGAUUACGACAACGAAGAAAUUGGCAUUGCCCAAGCGGCAACCAAACCGAAACCUCAAACUAUAGAGGAAAUGUCCACUGGUAUUCCCCUGGCGACUCCGGCAAAAUACUUUAGCGAUUCCAAUUUGAGAUAUUCGACCGUUUCUCGAAACCACACAGAUCUCUACAUUACGCAAACAGCACAUCCGACUUAUGCUAUGUACACUGGUGAACGUUUGGGUCUCAGUGCCACUGAAUCAUUUUAUUUCACUUCUACUAGUUCUUCUGAGUCUCAGGAUACCAAGACAGCAAAACCAAAAGAAUCUACAGAAGUAGGAAACAAUGGAUCCAGUGAUAAGAGCUCUUCAUCUAAAGGAGAUGGAAAUGUGCAGAAAACGAGUGGUAUUUUUGCUUUCAUUGCAUGUGGACUAGGAAUGAUGAUGUUUUAA